UCCUCUCUCCCCUCCCCUCCACAAACAAAAAGAUUCAUCGAUUUCUUUCAAAGAGAAAUAUCAAUCACACUUUCUCCUCCCCUUCCCUCUUUUUCCUCUCCCUCCUCUUCGUCCCUUCCCACUCCUCAACUCAACUCUCAACCUUUAGUCACCCCCCCACUACCUAUCUAAAUCCAUCUUCUUUUCCCCUCUUCGAGGUCACUCGGACAACCCUUCAUCCUCCUUUAUCUUCCCGAUAACACACCUCGAACUCCUCACACACAACUCCCUCCCACAACCAGUCUCUUUCUUGAUAUCUGCAAUCAAGAUCUACCCAACGUUACCUCACUCAACUUUCUAUCUCCCGGAAGUUGAAACUCAAACAAAUACAAAAUGUCUUCUCAGGAUAAUCGCGACAAUGCUCCUAAUGGUGAGGAGCUCAACGAUUCCAUGGAUCGCUUACAGGUCAAUGAUGAGACUCGUCUUGGCCCCGAUGGCGAACCACUCCCAAAGACCGAUGAAGAAUAUGCAGAAUCUCAACUUACCUUGAGAGCUAUUGUUUCUUCAAAGGAAGCUGGUGUCAUUAUCGGCAAAGGUGGCAAGAAUGUCGCCGACCUUCGCGAUGAGACUGGUGUGAAAGCCGGUGUCAGCAAGGUCGUUCAAGGUGUUCAUGAUCGUGUCUUAACCAUCUCAGGUGGAUGCGAUUCUAUUUCCAGAGCUUACUCCAUUGUUGCGAAAGCUCUGUUGGAGGGCGCACCACAAAUGGGAAUGGGCGGAGUUGUUUCUAACAACGGUACUCAUCCAAUCAAGUUGUUGAUCUCCCACAAUCAAAUGGGUACGAUCAUCGGCCGACAAGGACUCAAAAUCAAGCAUAUCCAAGACGUUUCUGGUGUUCGCAUGGUCGCACAAAAAGAAAUGCUCCCACAAUCCACCGAACGUAUCGUGGAGGUCCAGGGUAACCCUGAAGGCAUUCAAAAAGCCAUCUGGGAAAUCUGCAAGUGCUUGGUCGAUGACUGGGCUAGAGGAACCGGUACCGUUCUAUAUAACCCCAUGGUUCGCACUCAAACCGGUAAUUCAGGUGGUAUGGGCCAAGGCAAUGUUGGAGGAACUGGUCGUGAGUAUGGUAGCUCACGUGUCAUGCGCACUGGAAAUGGUGCCGAUUUCAGUGAGAGUGCUCCACGAUCAUACAACCGCCGUUCUGAAUCCGAUGCUGCUCAACGUGGACCCCCUACUCACGAUGAGAACGGAGAAGAACUCCAAACACAAAACAUCAGCAUUCCAGCUGACAUGGUUGGAUGUAUCAUUGGUCGGGCUGGUUCCAAGAUCAGUGAGAUUAGAAAGACUUCUGGAGCUCGUAUCUCCAUCGCUAAGUCUCCUCACGAUGAGACUGGAGAGCGCAUGUUCACCAUUAUGGGUACUGCUAAGGCUAACGACUCAGCCCUCUAUCUUCUCUAUGAGAACCUCGAGGCCGAGAAGCAACGCCGCAGUCAAGGCAAUGCUCAAGAAUGAAUUACUAGCUCUAUUUGAGCACAUCGAAUUUCUUUUUCAGGCAGGCAAGCUUUGUCUCAGGUCUAUCCAGAUUUGACUUGCCGCAAGGCUGAUAUUGAUGCGAUGAUUCUACCUUGGGAUCCGUUAGUAAUUUUUCCUUGGACCGAUAUUCCUUUCCCCAACAAAAGCAGUUCCUUUACCAUUUUCAUUUCCACUUCUUGCGGCACGGAAUUUUACGAAAUUAUGCUCAUUUGCAUGGUGCACAUACGAGUUGCCCUUAUGCAAAUGUCAUUCCCCUAUUGAUACAAAUGAUUCGCCUCAACAUUCGACAACCAGAGAUACCGACCUCCUAUCUCGACUCUCAGCUUUCCGAAGUCCCCAAUCGA